GUUCGUGCACAGCUACCCCUCACCAGCGCGGCUCCGCAGAUGGUGCCGCAAGGCGAGCUCAAUGAGGAUGAGUUCGGUGCCGUUCGUGACGCACUGCGCGUGUCGGAAGCUUCGGCUUUGGCACGACUCCGCGGGCGGAGGCUUUCCGCUGUCCAGCUUUCUCAGUUGAUGGACGACGCAGCCAGGAGCGGCUUCCGCCGGAAAUUACUCCGCCUCUGCAUUGACGGGCUUGCGGAAGCGGGAGUCGCAGUCGGCUGGGACGAGGAUGCGCCGUCCAGCAACGCGAGUUUUGCGGGCGCUCCGUUGGACGGCGCAUUGCGGACGGCGGUCGAG